GAUGGACAAAAGUAGGCGCUCCCCUCAUCCGCUGCUACCCUCCCGUGUCCGCCCUGGUCCUACUAGUCAGUGACACAGCACGGGCCGCUCAACCGGGAACUGCAGCCGAGAUCACCACCCAGCCGAGUGCCGCCACGAGCCGCCGUCCUCGACGGCGAGGCCUCCGCCUCCUCCCUCGUCCUCGCCGGCGAGGCCUCGGGUCACUGGCCAAGCCGCCGCCGCCAUGCGGCGGCGGCUGGAUCUCGCGUCAUGCGGUGGCGGCUGGAUCUCGCGUCGUGCGCGGACGGCGGCUGGAGCUCGCGUCGUGCGGCUGGAGUUCUGGGUGCCGCAACCCUGCACAUGCGACCCUGUCGGAGGGGAUCCCGUCGUACACCUCACGUACGUUGCGCCUGCUGGGAGCUCCGUCGCCGGGAUUGCGAAUGAGUACGGGACCACAGAGGAGACGAUACUGGUGCUCAACCGCAUGCCCGACGCCAAGAGCCUCCUCGUCGGCCAGGUCUUCGACGUGCCGCUCCGAGCGGCGCUGGAGCUCGCGUCAUGCGGCCGCGGCUGGAGCUCGUGUCCUCCACCGGCACAUGCGGUGCGAGGAGGGGCAUGGCGACGGUGCCGGCGAGACAGGGCGCGUGCAGAGCGGGUGCUGACUGGUGUUGCUCCGUCCGUGCAUGUCCGCAUUUGUGUCCCGCAUUGGAUGCAUCCUCCGUCCGCGCCUGUCCGCGGCAUGUCCGCUACGCGGACGAAAGACACAAACAAACAAAAGGGGACAAAAUACGUGUCCGUUUGGUCGCCCCAUUAAAGUUUCUCUUACAGCGGCUCCACUGUUUCUCACAGGAUUUGUGGAUGCGUGGCAUGUGCCACUGGAACUGGGUGGCAAUGUGGCAUGCACGGGAAGCACCCGAUCGCCUAGUUGCCCGAUCUCCCACUUUUGGAACCAAAAGCCAGGAUGUCGAAGAAGCCAGAGGACAAAGCUACUGAAUUUGUUCUGGAUGGGUCGUCCAGUCCAGCCAUGACUGGGACAACAACUCAGCACAUACUCGUAGCUGAUGCGUCAUCUUUCAUGGAGACUUCAGAUUUCGAUUGGAGGGAAGAUGGGUGUUUUCAUCUGCAAUGUAAAUACAUAAUACACACCCGAGUCUUCAUAUUUUGGGCACGUGCUGGUGGUUCCGGCGACGGCGAGUUGAUGGCUUGACACUCGAACACCGUCUAGUAAGAUUUGCGGCUGCGGAUCGUCGUCGCCUAUCUCGCCCGGGGACUGCGGAGAGCGGAGAGUCUCUGCCAUGGAUGGGCUCCUCCUGGUAUGGUUUGUGGUCGCUGGGUGAGAUCUCCAUAAAACGAAGUGCGAGAUCUCUUUGGAGGAACAGACGUAGAUGUGUGUGAACUGUCAUGAAGAGAUGGAGGGUGCUUCAGAGUGUACUGGAGGGAGAUGGGACUCCACAGUUCGUUCAUUCCCCGUUGGCUUGGUAUGUAUUUAUGAUGACAGAUGAAUGGCUUUGUCGAUACUGAUAACGAAAGACGGACAGGAACCAAUGCGUAUGAAAAAGAAAUUAAAUAAGGUUGCAUUAGUUCGACGGAGAAGAUGAAUAGGAUCAAGUAAUGGGUGGGGGAAUGAUCACUGAUAAUAUACUGAUUGCUUAGGAAUGCAUACAUAAGAUCAAGAAUAAAAGAGCUGGCCAGUCGAGUCUUUGUGCCGUCAAGUUGGAUAUGCACAAAGCAUAUGACAGGGUAGAGUGGUGUUUCCUCCGGAAUAUGAUGAUUACCUUGGGAUUUUAUGAA